CUGAAAAAGAACCAAAAAAAGGGGAGAAAUCACAGUUCCCAAGUCGAAACUCUAUAAGUAGAUAGAGAGAUUGAGAGACCUUUAAUCGUAUUCUAGACAGAAGCAAAGCCAGCCAAAAUCUCUAACCGUCUCUCUUCAUCAUCCAUCAGGUUGUCUUAAAAGUAGUAACUUCCAGAAAAAGAAACUAAGGAAAUUUGACCUUCAGCAAGAAAAGGUUUACAUUUCAAUUUCAAAUUUUCAGAAAGAAUUCUGAGAUGGAAGAUACGUCUGAAUCUGUUGCUUCUGCUGCUGAAGUGCACGAAAAGGUUGUAAAGGAGGAAAUCCAUCUGAAAGUCAAGAGCAAGGAUAAAGAACCAAAUGACGAGAAGGGAGAGAAGGCUGUGGUGGAAGUUGAAUCGAAGACUAAAUCGGUAGAAAAGGAGAAGCAUAAAGAGAAAGUUGAGGAGAAAUCAGAGAAAAAGGAGAAACAUAAGAAGAAGAAGGAUGAAGAUGAGGAGAAGGAGAAGAAAACGAAAGAGAAGGACAAGAAGAAGAAAGGAAAGGAGGGUGAGGAUAGCGUAUGUGAAGAGUCAGAGGUGGACAAAGAAGCCGGAGAAGCUAAAAAAAAGGAAGAGAAAAAGAAUAAUAAAGACAAGGAAAAAGAGGACAACAAGAAGAAAAAAGACGAUGAGGUUUCAGGGGAUAACCAGGAGGAUAAGAAAGUGGAGAAAGAAGAGAAAGGGAAAGAUAAAGAAGAGAAGAAGAAGAAAAAGAAAGAUCAUGAGGUUUCAGGGGAUGAACAGGAGGAUAAGAAAGAGGGAAAAAAGAAAGAUAAAAAAGAGAAGAAGAAAGGCAAGGACAAAGAUUCGAAGGAUACAAAAAAAGUGGUUGAGGAGUGCAAAGACAGAGGUUUGAGUGCUGAGGCAGAGGAGGAGGAGGAGAAGGAAAAAAAAGAGAAGAAAGGAAAAGAAAAGAAGGUCAAAGAUAAAGAGAAGAAGGUUGAUGAAGAAUCUGAGGAAGAAACAGAAAAGCACAAGGGAGUUAAAGGGGGGGAACUGAAGGCAAAGAGGAAAGAUAAGAAGGGCAAAGAUGAAAUUGAGGAGGAAGAAGAUGAUGAAGAUGAUGGGAAAGAAGAAAACAAGAAGAAAAAGAACAAAGGCAAGGAUAAAGACUCGAAGGAUACAAAAAAAGUGGUUGAGGAGUGCAAAGACAGAGGUUUGAGUGCUGAGGCAGAGGAGGAGGAGGAGGAGGAGGAGGAGGAGAAGGGAAAAAAAGAGAAGAAAGGAAAAGAAAAGAAGGUCAAAGAUAAAGAGAAGAAGGUUGAUGAAGAAUCUGAGGAAGAAACAGAAAAGGACAAGGGAGUUAAAGGGGGGGAACUGAAGGCAAAGAAGAAAGAUAAGAAGAAAGAUAAGAAGGGCAAAGAUGAAAUUGAGGAGGAAGAAGAUGAUGAAGAUGAAGGGAAAGAAGAAAACAAGAAGAAAAAGAACAAAGAUAAGGAGAUGAAAGGGAAGAAGCACAAGGAUGAAGCAGACGAUGAAAUAAAAUAUGGAGAUGAAGAGAAAGAAGAGAAGAAGAAGAAGAAAGAGAAAAUGCAGAAGGAACGUAAGGAUGAAGCUACUCAGUCAAAGUGCGAGGCUGGGGUUACCACCAGGGAGAUUGGAAUAAACGAUGAGUCACCAGUGGAAGAAGAGAAGAAGCAGAAAGAUAAGUUAAAAGAAGGUAAGGAGAAAAAGAAAGAGGAGAAGAGUAAUAAGAAAAGAAAAUCUAGUGAGAAGGGCAAGGGCAAGGGCAUUGACAAGCUGAAACAGAAGUUAGAGAAGAUCAAUGAAAGAAUAGAAGCUGCUCUUGAGGAAAAAGAUGUCAUUUUGAGGCAGAUAAAAGAAGCUGAGAGUGGGAGCAGCUCUGUUCCUGAGAAGGAAAAAGAUGCCCCAAAGGCUGAUGUGGAAUAAUCCCAUUUGGUGGAUCCUUUACACUUGAUUAUAAUAUAAAUGCAGUUUUGUGCGAGUAUGAUCCCUUUUCCCAGUGUAAUCAUAUGUAUUUUUCAAUACAUCUAUGGAUUAACGAAUAACUUCUUUGAUGAAUUCUACACAGUUUUGCUUUUGUUCCA